CAAAUUGCCAAGAACUUCCAGAUUCUUUUGGUCUGGCGCUCUGGGCCGAUCUCGCAGAAUUUCUCUGACCCACCGGAACGAAGCACACCUGAGCGCGCUUCCCGCAAGCUUGCCUGCCGUGUCUGUGACGUCGCGUCGAGGUCUGCCCGAGCCGCCAUCUAUUUGGCAGUGUUUCUGCCCAGGACAAGCCAAGGCAAAUUCUUUUUUUGCUUACGACCGUACUGACAGCGUGUACUUGAAGGGCCGCCAUCCCCGCCAAAGUCUCCCGCCGAACGAUCGCCAGCAAUGUCCCGAAGCAUAUCUUGGUUGCGGUCGACUCGCUCUUCGCCGGGUCGCGGUUCCCAAUGCUUGUUGGGGGGACAUUCGACGGUCCCUACAUGGGGAGCUUCGACCACAACCAGAGCUCGGAUUGGAAGGAUAGCCAAUGUACAAAAGACGCAAACAUCUCGGCCCUUCAGCCGGUCGUUCAGUACUCACAAAUCUGCCAACGACAAUGGCCGAACUUCGAGGUUCAAGAAAUCCGAGGCAUCGCUGACCGAACCGCUAAGACGCGCUGAUGGUGAAAACACUCCGACUGAACCCACGCCAACCCACCCUGCUUCUUCGGAACCUGUCGGUUCCAGCACUACGACCUACCAACCCGCGCCCUCGCCAUCCCCACGUUCCCAAGGGCCGGCCGACGCGAAUCCCCAAAUCCCGCCGAAAGCACGAAAGCCCGUGGACACGUCGAGCAAGGAGUAUAAGCAAGCCGCGAGCAGGUACAUUCGCUUCGUUGUUGCGUUCCCGGUGCUCGUUGUCACGUCGUAUUUUCUCUAUGAACGACUCAAGCCGCAGCUCAAGCUCCGAGUCGUACCUGCCGGUUCGUCCUCGACACAGGACCCGACCUCGGGGAGUUAGCAGUACGCCGCACUCGUUGGGACGAGGAACUUGCCCCUCUCCAGGCCACAGGGGUCGUUGUUACCAUGUCGCGAGGAACCCAUCUCUGGAAGAAGCCGGCAUCAUAACGUGGGAGUGUUUGGUCGCUCUUCAAACUGUGGUCAUGCGCGCCCCAGACGCAUGGUUCCGGUGAUAGGAAAUUCCGUUGAGCUUGUUGCCGUCGGAGAAUCGCGGUGAAAACUCGCAAAUACUCGCCAUUCACGAACUGCCGCGUCCCACAACUUGCUGAUGCAAAAGUAGU